AUGGCGCAAGAGCGCCGCCGUUCAUCCGCCGCCGAUGCAGACUGCAGCCACCUCCGGUACCGCAUAAAUUAUCUGGAAACCAACCACAUCUAUAUCCACGACGCCGUCGAUGUUCUUCCGUUACCCGUUGAAGAUCAUGCCAACACCCACAUCUGGAUUGAUGUCAGGGAAAGUCCCCAGGACCCCGAUCCCGAUUAUUUGCUCGCCUUCGACCGAUUCAAGAAGCUCGAGAGCGAUUGUAAUGAGGACGACGUUAAGUUGGCGCUGCGGGGUGGCGUCUUUCCGCACCGUAACGACCAAGCCUACGGCCAUCGCGUUGGUCUGGCCACCACCGGCGGGACGACGGUCUAUCCACAUCUUGUGCCAGAGGAUGACGAGAGCCCGUUCAAGAUCACGCCGCCAAAAUGCGACCUGAUGUACGGCUACACCGCCACGAUUGGGAACCCAUUCACACAACGGCAGUUCGUCGCGCAAAUGCCUGAGUACCCAGACCACCCGGACCACCCUGUAUUUGCCGCCGCGACGCCGGACGGGGAUUUGCGGUUCCCCUUUUUAGUCGUGCAGUUCAAAGUGAUGCCGGUCGGUGCCCGAGGCCCCCGCGAUGAUUUAUGGGUGGCCGCGAACGAGUGCGCUGUGCUGGCAGCAUCAUGUCUGACGGCGAUCAAGGCGUUAAAUCACUCGCAUUGCAAAUAUCGGAGGACAGAGGUGAAGGAUGUGGAGGAGAUAGUCUAUGCCAUCACUGUGGACAACCAUAUUGCGCGGCUGUAUGUCGCGUGGAUCAAUGAUAACAACCCGUGGCCGGAUUCGAUGGACCUGGCAAGGAUCGGCGAAUUUGUGCUCAACCGGCCGGAGGACUUUAAAUACUUUCGGAUGGCUGUGCAUAAUAUUUUGGAGUGGGGGAAAGGGGACCGGUUGGAUCAUAUCAAGGUGAUGUUGGAUGCAAUCGCGGAGGUGAUGCAGAAUUAA